GCUUGCGCAGUGAGAGCCUGACUACUUCCUGUCAAGAUGGCGGUGAGCAUGGCGUAUACAGGACUGUGGAGGACAAGUAGAUUGUUCCUACCCAGACACCGUGUCCUGUUCCCCGCUGCCGUCCGAACACAGAGCACUACUAGCGGGGACCUGCUGCCCUGGACCUCGUUGUCCAGGCCUCCGUGGCCGGAGCAGGUGGGCCCGUUCUCGGCGGAGGACGAGCGGAGCCGACACGCUGCUGUGGUGAGCACCGUAAACCAGCGGAUCAACUGUCAGGACUUCGGCCGGCUCUUCGCAGUAGUGCACUUCGCCGGGCGCCAGUGGAAGGUCACCGGCGAAGACUUGAUCCUGAUCGAGAACCACAUCGAGGCGGACUGCGGGGACCGGAUCCGCAUGGAGAAGGUACUUCUGGUCGGAGCGGAGGACUUCACCCUGAUUGGCAGGCCUCUCCUGGGGAAGGAGCUGGUCCGAGUCGAGGCCACCGUGAUCGAAAAGACUGAGUCCUGGCCCAAAGUCCACAUGCGGUUCUGGAAGAGACACCGGUUUCAGCGCAAAAGGAUCAUCAUCCAGCCGCAGACGGUGCUGAGGAUCAACAGCAUCGAGCUGGCCCCCAGACUCACAUGAUGAUGAUGAUGAUGAUGAUGAUGAAGAAGACUGGAUCCACAGUGACUCCUGGUUUACUUUUUGUCAUUGGUUACAAACAUGUAAACAACCUUGUGGCGGUCAGCAUCUGUGCCCAUGACUUUGGUCUGUGGUGCUUCAAAGUAAGCAGCUGAACAUUUGAGUAAUAUGUUGACCAGCUGUUCACUGGUUUAUACAUCUGUAAAUAAAUAAACUGAGUGCAGACAU